AUGGAGCAAUGCGCAGGUUGCCAAAGCUUACCUAUUGAGCAAAUCCGACAAGGACAUACAUGCAAUCUUCAUUCAGGUCAUAAUCGGUAUUGGAGGUGUGGCAACGUGGCUAAAAGCAAAAAAUUCCUUGAUAAUAUUAUCCAGUGCAAGAAAUAUGCCCAAGACGAAAACCACCACCGUUACACCAUCGGUUUCCUCCCAGCCGAACUUCGGAACAUCAGAGAUCACCUCAUUGCCCAGAACUCCCUUCCUCAUCUAAUGCUUUGGACAAUGAUGAUCCUGGCUUCCAGAAUGUACCUCCGUGUGGAGGAGGUGCGAUCACUCAAGGUUGAAGACUUUCUGUGGAAAUACUUUGUCAUCCGCAACAACAAAGUAACCUCCCUCAUGGUGAAGGUUAAGGGCAAAAGGGACAAGGGACCUGUCAACCUUCUCAUUUGA